AUGGCAACACCGUCCACCGCCAUUUCAGGCGGUGCAUCUGUCAACCCCCUACGGAUGCCAGAGCCAUCGUUUGACAGAAUCUACUCUCCACCUCCUCAGCCUCCACCAGACGACAUCCUCAAUGUCUUCCGCGACUUUGACGAUGCGGCCGUCUACGCCCAGGUGGUGGCUGAGGCAUUUGCCGCCUCCGCCAAGAGCUUUGUCGUCGACUUUGGUGAUACCACGGCCCGCGUGGCCGUUGACCUGUCGGAGACGCAGAUCCUCCAGCUGCUCGCCGAGGGCGACGGUGACGGCGACAAUUUUGUGCCCCGUCAUCCAUCCGCCCCAGUCCGCUGGAUCAACGUCUGGAAUCCCAGCGCCCAGCAGGGCAUCGUCGAAGCCAUCGGCCGGCGCUACCACUUUUCCCGCCGUCUCACCAUGAGCAUUUGGGCCUGGGACCAAGUCAAGGCGAAACUGCUCGAGGCCAAGUCCGCCGAGGAACUUUGGCGACGUCCUUCGCCCCCGCAGGCUUCAGCACCACCUCCACCCCCACCACAGUCAGUGGUCGACAUUGAAACAGGCGCCGUGGCUACCGCUGUAGCCUCUCCGGCGUCGAACGGUGUUGACAGCGACGGCAAGUUUGGUGCUUCAUUUGUUGCCGCGCCGGAAAGCCCGCCUGCCGGUGGUGCUGCCCUGGCGUCCGCCGCCGACGAUGCCCUCGACGCCAUGGUUUCCAGCAACAAGGCUGUCUUUCAGAUCAUGCAGGGCAGCCUCAACUACACCACCAUUGACCAAGAGCAACAUUAUACGGUCAUCUGCUUUCACGAGGCGGCAUACUACGAGAAGACACCCAAAUUUGCCGACCGGAAGGCGUGGGAAACGGAAGAGCUCGGGCACAUGCGCUCCAACACGCUCAAGGUCUUCCGCCAGCUGUCAAAAUGGGGCCUCAAGGAGGACCAGCACAAGUUCUCGCAACUCACCUCAGUCCGCCAGCCGGGGCGGCGCGGUCCAUGGCCAGAUAGUGCAGCUGCCCAGGGUGUGGAGGGCGCGAGCAACCUGUUCUACUACCUCUUUGAAGACUACACGGCCGCCUUUGAUGUUUUGAACAGCUCCAAGGCGGCCCUCGACGAUAUUAGCAGCAUUGUUCUUCGAACUGCGGACUGGAAAAAAAGGGAUGACACAACCAAUGUGAUUCCCAGCUUGUACAAACUUAACAAGGAGAUGCGCCAGCUGCAGCAUCUUUUUUCCAACUACAAUACUCUGAUCGACCGCCUCCUCAGCCGCAACGGUACUGAAUCAGAGGCCAGGAACAACGGAGAGCCAGUGACAAGCCCAGGCCCAGGUAAUGAAGGCGAUGCCCCUCCCCGUUUUCUCUCCCCCAAAGCCGUGAACCGGUUUCGGCGCCUCCAAGUCCAACUCCAGUCCCUCAUGCUCGACGCCAUCCAGGACUGUCUCGACGAAAAGGCAUCGCUGCAGGACACGUACUUUCAUCUCAUCACCCAAAAGGACUCCCGCUCCACCGAGCGCCUCACCCGCAGCGCCACGUUGCUCGCCAAGCUCAGCGUCUUUUUCCUGCCCAUCUCCUUCAUGACCAGCUACUUUUCCGUUCAGAUCCCCGACCUCACCGACGGCUACACCGCUCGUACCUACUGGGGCGCCUUUGCCGUCAUUGCCAGCGUCUCGUUUCUGAGUCUGUUCUUCUUCAGCAAGGUUCUUAUGUUUCUUAGCGAGAGCCUGGACCACUGGGCCGACAGCGGCUCGCGCUGGACCUGGGAGCACAUCGGACAGCGCAAGCGUACUAGCCGCCGGACCUUGCAGGCCGAGGAGGAUACGUGA